CUACGUCACCCCGGCAUCGUGAUUGGUUCCUGGUGAUAUGAGGCGGAAAGGGAGGCGCCGUGGCAUCACUCCUUGCGCAGCUCAGCCUUAGCCAGUAACCAUUCACUCACUAGAUCCCGAGGACAGAGGAGCUGCAGCUUAUUCUUGGCCCAAUACUGGGGAACAAGAUCUGGGCACAACCUAGGCCUUCGAUAGGCUUCGAUUUGGAGACAAGUGAACUGAUGGCUUUCAUAUAGAGGACUUGCUUGAAUAUCACGAAGUAGGAAUGCUUCACCUCUCUCCCAGGCCUUGGAAGUAUCUAUGAAAAGGCUCAACUUCGCUCAAACCAUGGCUUCAGAACCAGAGGAGUUAAUAGUGAGUGCAUACAGCAAGAAUGUAUCUCUUGGAGAUCUUUAUAAUCUCUCUACAAAGGAAUACUCUCCUGGUGACACAAAACAUGCCAUCAACAUAGAACAAUGCAAACCAAAAUAUAAGAUUGUGAUUAAAUCAAAGAAAGAAAUUUCAGGAAUUGUGGAAAAAUCGCAAAGAGUGAAGGACACACCUUGGGCCCAAGAUUUUACAAACACAAAUUAUUCAGACUAUAUUCUUCUGCAGGGGAGAAAAAUUUGUGAAUAUAAGGGCAAUGUGAAACCUCAUAUAAAGCUGCAUGUUGUUUCCUCCAUUUAUUAUAAGUCAUAUAUUGAUGUGCUAAUUUGUUUUGAUCAUGAGAUUGAGGAGAAAGACAUAGUAGACUUGAAAAAUUACAUUGAAUCUCUCAAAGGAAUGAAAAUAAGUAAAGACAUCCAAAAUAGAGGUGAAGGUACAGAUUUUGAUAAAAAUCAACCAGAUACCACCAUAGCAUAUCUACCACAAAAAAUUGAUCAUAAAUUUUCAAUUGGAUAUAUAUAUGAGAAAAAUAAAACUGUAGCAUCAUCAGUUAAGUAUGGGUUAGAAGAAUUCUGUCAUUAUUUAGUACACUCAGAUACAGGGGCAAGUUUCCUGUGGAUUGCAAAGUAAAGAGACCUCUGAACACUUCAUCUUAUGCAUCUGUGGUAAAGAAUGAGCCUAGAAUCUGUGUUUCUGAUAAGGUACGUGCUGCCCAUUCAGAGCUUGACCAAUCUUACUGUAUUGGUGUACCUGAUAAUGCAGCACAUGUGGUGAAACCAAGCCAAGGAGUUGAAUUACCAGUCACACACAAAACCCAAAGUAAAACAAAAACCAGAGGAAGUGACAGUACUACUUUUGACCACCACUGUCCUGUAACAGUGGAGGAUUCAGAGCAGAAAAAAAGCAUUCCUGACAAAAUGCACACUCACAUCCUAAGAACAGAUAGAAAUUUGUCUGAAAAAACAGUUUACAGGAAUGUAGAACAGCAGGUAAUUAACCUCCAAGUUAGUGACAGAAAAAAGGCUUUUUCUGGAAAGCAAAUUGAUAAGAAAGCAGGGCAGCUGGUAAUUCCUCACCAAGUUAAAGAAGGAAAGUCAUGUCUUUAUAAUAAUAGUGAAACACACAGUAAUUUUGAGGUCCCUCAGGAUGAUGCAUUUAGCCAGUAUUCAAGAAAAAACAUUAUCCCUCAGUCCAGCCAGAAUCCAACAACACCAGAAUGUGUUCAUUUGGAUACAUACGCAUCUAAAAACAUUAAAAGUUAUAAAUCAAAGUCAUAUGAUUCUACUGUGCAUGAUAAUGCUCAAGAAAUGCAGUAUCAGGAAAAAACAAACUUGCCUAAUUUAACAAAUGUUGGUAGCAUGAAUAUUUCAGAAAACCAAGAAAGCCUAGAGAGAAACCAAUUGAAAUUUGAACACAAGGCUGACCAUGUUAUGUCUGAAAAAUCUCUUAGUGGUAAAUCAAAUCCACCUGAAUUUAACAGUAGCAAUGCUGAAUCUUCCACACUUUUUGUCCCAGUGAAAGAAACAGAGGUAUGUGGAAUCACAAGAAAAUUUUAUGGAGUUAUUCCUGAAGCUGAAGGAAAAACUAUAAUUCUCUUAGGUGCAUCUGGGAGUGGUAAAACCACAUUAGUAAAUUUUAUAGCAAAUUAUUUUAUUGGUAGCAGAAAAGCUACUGGUAAACUCAUUCAGGUAGCAAGAAAUUCUAAUGACAUUCAAGGACACACCACUCAGAUAACUGGCUAUACUUUUUGUGAAAGUAAGAAUGACCAUCCAUUUACAAUCAUAGACACACCAGGGCUCAAUGAUUCCUCAGGAGCUGAAGUCCAUGACCAUGUCCAGUCUCUCAAAACCUUCUUGGCGAAUGCUGACUCACAAAACUUAAAAAUACAUGCCAUAGGUUUUGUAGCACAAGCCCAUAUAGUGCGACUAACUUCAUCAGAACGCUUAGUCAUGGAUUACAUUUCCUCAUUGUUUGGUAAGGAAAUUGAAAAGCAUGUUAUCUCCUUUGUAACAUUUUCUGACAAUCAAGAGACUCCACCAGUUGUGGAAGCAAUUAACAGGUAUGGUGUGAACUGCUGUGUUUUUCUCAAGUUUAACAACUCUGCUCUCAGUAACAGUAAAGAAGAAGAAAUUGAUGAGCUGGACAAAAUUUAUUGGCGGAUUGGAUGUAAAAGCUGGAAGAAGUGUAUAAAACUACUUGAAAAUCUUCUUCCCCUCUCUUUCAAAUCUUUGACAGAUGAAAUUUAUGUGACACAAAUUAUGGAAGUGGCAGAGAGAGACCUUUUGACUGAAAUAAAGGAUUUUAUGAAUUACCUUAGAAAAAAUAAAGUUAUUAAUAAGGAAGUAUUGAAUAACACUGAAAGAGUUUGGACCUUAGCAGAAACAGUAGAGGAACUAAGGUUUAUGAAAACAUCACAGUACUCAUCUGUUAAUAAUAUCUUGCUGAACUAUGUUGAAGAAAUAUGUGCAUCACAGAACUCAUACUUGUCCACAAAAGAGUGUAUGAAAUCACUUUAUUUAUCUCCAUCAAGACCAUUAUUAAAGGCAGGUCUGGCAAUCAUAUCCAGUGCUGCACCCAUAUAUAACUCUGUAAAGCAAAUAUGGAAUCAGUCACCAAAAUGGGAACAAAAACUUGAUCCCCCAGAGAUGCUCUUUUGCCAUGUUUGUAAUUAUUACCAUGUUUUCACCAGAAUAGAAACACGCUCAUGGAUGAAUAAAGUGACAACAAAUUAUAACAUUGGAUACAAGUGUACAGAGUGUAAGUGUCCAGGAGAUGUUCAUGGGGAGAAUGGAAAGGAAGAUGAAAAAUAUGAACAUCCUGAAUCAUAUGGAUUUACACCUUUGAGUUUGCUUCAUCAUACCAGAAAUAAUAUUGAGAAAGUUCUUGGAGAUCUAUGCUUACCAGAGUAUAAGAUUCAAGAAAAUGAAUACAUUAAAUGGUUAGAAUGCUUUGUGAAACAAGAAGCACAACAGUUUUGCAAGGAUCUACUCAGUAUUCAGUAGUCAAACUGUCAGGUUCUCUCUCUCUCUCUCUCUCUCUCUCUCUCUCUCUCUCUCUCUCUCUCUCUCUCUCUCUCUCUCUCUCUCUCUCUCUCUCUCUCUCUCUCUCUCUCUCUCUCUCUCUCUCUCUCUCUCUCUCUCUCUCUCUCUCUCUCUCUCUCUCUCUCUCUCUCUCUCUCUCUCUCUCUCUCUCUCUCUCUCUCUCUCUUGUUAAUAUCAGCAUUUCUGGUCAGACCCAAGUUCUCCAUAAAUCCAAGCUUCUGAUUCUUAUAGAAACUUGUGUCUAGCAAUUUGUAGAGUUUCUUAUAGAAAAUGUGGUGGUCUCUUGGAUGAUAUUGCCCACCUAAAAAAAAAAUAAAUAAAUAAAUAAAUAAAUGUAAUAAAAGUUACUAAGAUUCAGUACCUAUAUGUUCAUACCAAGAUCCCAC